AUGACUGUCGCAAGGGAAACACCGCACAGAGCAUCCGUUUCUGGCAGCCUGCCGUCACGCAACUCUUACUCUCGCUCCCACAAUGCCCCUCCGAUGCUCGGCUCAUCCUACAACCCCACUCACCGUGUUACCCGCCGCAAGAGCACUACCCUGAGUGCAGCAGCCAGCGCCCAGGCAAUUUCCCAAGCCAUCAACAUCGACCCAUCUCAGGCUGCUCGCAGAUCUGUCUCUUCUCGCAACGCUCUCGGCUCCGUCAGCCAGGCCAGCUACCCUUCGCCUCCAAGCAGCCUGCCCCAAGGCGAGAAGAGCGCUGACGACAAGAAGAUCAAGGCUCGUCGUGGAAGCGAUGGGUCCGUCUUGACAAAGAAGAAGUCGGCUUCCGGUGAACUCAAGUGCGAGACUUGCGGCAAGGGCUACAAGCACAGCAGUUGUUUGACGAAACAUCUCUGGGAACACACUCCAGAGUGGCAGUACACUUCCAAGCUCCUCAUCUCCAAGCAUCAGCAAGUCCAACUGUUAGAAGCCGCUUCUGUCCUUGUUGCCAUGAACGUAGAUGCCCCUGCUGGAGACGGCAAGCUCAGCGACAGCGACAACUCUUCUGCCUCGCCAGCUGCUUCAGGCUCCGACUCUAGAGAAGACGAUAUCAGCUCUGCCGAGACGACGCCACCUCCUCAUGGCGAGCAAUCGUUUGGACACACCAAGCGCUACAGCAACGCCAGCAGCUUUGUUUCGCGCUCUUACCAGUCCGAGUUUUCCACCAUCCCCGAGUCUUCUCACGUCCGUCAUUGGAGUACCUCCAGCAGUAGACCCAUCACUGCAGCCAGCUCCCUUGCUCAGAGCUACCCUGAUGAGGACCAGGCGGAUCUCGCCGCGGCAGUCGGCUUACUCAGCUGCAGCUAUGGCACCCCCACCUAUGGCCCUACUAGCCUCGGACAAGACGUACCUCCAGUCCCUCCUCUUCCUGCGAGAUACCAGAACUCAUACCAGCCAAGCUCCUUGGCAAACGCCCACCAGUUCCGCGAAGACGUUGACAUGGAAGAGGAAUCCAACUCGGACGAUGACGAUGAUGCCAGCAGAGUCGAUGAAGCCGAUGACGGUGUCUUCGGUACCAUGGAAGAGUGA